UUUCUAUACGACAUUCAAUUACAAUUGCAAAGACCACGUUGAAGACGAGAGUUUCUACUCGUUUUCUAUUCAUAGAGUUACAUCGAUCCCAUUCUCCAUUCUCCCCUUUUGAUUUCUGAGUCCCUUUUUUGUUCGCGAGUAUAGCUUUGUUGAAGGGAACCUCCAUCUACAACACCUCCUUGCUGAAAUUAUGAUUCUUCAACACUGAAGGAAUCAAAAUUAUGCUGAAGAGAGGAAGAAAUAUGAAUAUCUUUGCUCUCACAUUAGUUUUUUGCUUCUUCCUUCCCUUUCUCUAUGCAAGACCCCAAGAAAAUGACGGAUUCUCUCAUUCAGAACCCACUAAUUGGACUAACAGAAAAAUAGUGGACGCCAAAGGAGGACCUCAAUCUCUGAUUUGGGUGGUUCAGCUCUCUGAUCUCCAUUUCAGUGUUCACCAUCCCGACAGAGCUCUCCAAUUCAGGGACUUUGUUGGGCCUGCUCUUGCCACGAUCAAUCCUUCCCUCGUUCUUAUCACCGGUGAUCUCACAGAUGGCAAAAGUAAGGACUUGUUAACAAUGAUACAAAUUGAGGAGGAAUGGAUUGAAUAUCAAAAUGUAAUGGAAGAAGUUAUAACACAAAGUGGACUAGACAAAAGCAUCUUCUUUGACCUCAGAGGAAAUCAUGAUAAAUUUGGUGUUCCGACUGUUGGUGGUUCGUUUGAUUACUUUUCAAACUAUAGCAUCAGUGGGCAGCUGGGAAGAAAUGCAAAUGUGUAUAGUGUCACUCUUCAGGAUGGUCAAGAGAAGUACCUCUUUGUUGGAUUUGACAGCACCAUGUCUGUUGGUUUGAGAGGGCCAUCAAAUGUCUUUGGGCAUCCAACUGAUCAGCUAUUAACUGACUUAGAUUUGGAACUCUCUCAAUGGGAUUCGUCGGCAACUGAUCCAGUAACUAAGAUUUCCUUUGGGCAUUUUCCUCUCUCAUUCUCAGCUUCCACCCUCUCAGGAAAGAGUCUGAGAGAUACAUUUUUGAAACAUUCUUUAUCAGCUUACUUAUGCGGGCAUCUCCAUACAAGGUUUGGCAAAAACUUGAAGAGGCAUCAUCAUUCAAAUUCUAAUUUUUUGUUACAGAAUUUUUUCCAGUUUAAUGUGCACGAAAUAUCUUCUGGAAGUAUCGCCAACUGUUCACUUGAAGCUCCACCAGUUCAAGAAUUCUGGGAGUGGGAGAUGGGUGACUGGAGAAAGAGUAGGGCCAUGCGAAUUUUGGCCAUUGAUGGUGGUUAUGUGUCAUAUGUUGACAUUGACUUUAAGACAGAAAUUAAGAAAACUAUUUUGUUACCAACAUUUCCAUUAGAUUCACGUUUCAUGUCAAGAUCUUCAUCACCUUAUGAAUAUAAAUGCCAUUUUGUGGCUUCUUCAGCUUAUGAAAAUAUAAGAUCACUUGUUUUUUCUAGUUCUUCUAUUGUAUCUGUGGUGGCUAGAAUAUACGACUCUAAUCCUGGAACUCUCAGUUUGAUUCUAGAAGCACCUAUGAGUAGAAUGCCCGUAGAUAAUAUCUCAAGAGGAGAUCUUUACACUGCUCCAUGGAAUUACAAAGCCUUUGAAGAUCCAUCUCCUGAUAGAUAUUAUUUGCAAAUAGAAGCAAUUGAUAUUGCAGGAAGGUCAACUUUAUCUGACUUGAGGCCAUUUUCUAUCAAUGGUCUGACUGCAAAGGUGUCCUGGACAUGGAACGAGUUCAGGGUUAUGGGAAUUCAAUGGGCUGCCUUAUAUUACCCAGUACUCUGGUCGACUCUGUUUAUAAUGCUUUCAAUGCUAAUUCUGCCAAAAGCAAUUCUUAUUUUUUCAAAGAAGCAGUACACUUACAACAAUUUGAAGCUGAAUAGGAGCUUUCUGAAUUGCAUGGCAUGGGCUAUACAGGAGCUUAGCAAGAUACCCAUGGUAUGGUUCUGCAUUGUAGGUUACCUAAUCUACCUUAUAUCAUUUCCAUGGUUCAUUGGGAAAGUCUUCACAGAUGGAAAGGACUGGGGAUACAUGACCUAUAUGGGAUGGGUGGUCAAAACUUCGAAUAAAUCAGAGAAAUAUAGAUAUAUUGGUUCUCCAGAUAUAUUGGUGGUGGUUCUUUCCCAUCUUCUUUUUGUGGUUUACCCUGCUAUUUUCAUCAUGGUUGUUAUUGCUGUUGAAAGAGGAGUCUAUGUGGACCAUUUCCUCUCUCUUUUGGCAAAGAAAGAAGAUGAUUAUGACUACAAUAAUAAGAGGCCUGAAUCAUUUGACUUGAAAAGCAGUGGAAGGUUUAGUUUUUUGUUUAGAUGGAGGUGGAUACGGAAAUUUCUUCUGAUCAUUUGUGCACUUGUAUGUUGGAAGCAUUUUUUGAUAUUCUGCAGAAGAAGUCCCCUAGCAAGUGCCUUCUGCCUUUGGUUUGCCCUCUUUGUAUGGAGGCCAAUGAGACUCUACUCCACCUCUUUUUGCUCUGAUCCUUUACAUCCUUCUGCUGGAAUAGUCUUUUUUCCAUCCUCAAUAUUGCUUGGGUUUUUGAUGGAUCCCUUAGUUCCUCGGUGCUUCAGCUUCUGGAGGGUUCGUCUCUACCAAAGAAGCCUUGGUUAAUAUGGAUAAAUCUGUCUAAAGCUCUUCUUGCUGAAUUAUGGUUUGAGCGAAACCAAUGGAUUUUUCACGAUAAGGAAAGACCAAGAUCAGAAAUUAUUUGCUCCUCAGAGUGUAAUGCGGCAGCUUGGUGUUCUUUAAACAAGGAGUUUGUGAAUUACUCCAUUGAAGAUAUCUGUCUCAAUUGAGCUGUUUUCCUCUCUCGACCAGUCCUUUAGCUUCCGUUAGUGACUUCGUCUGCAAUUUUCACAGCUUGGUUUCUCCCCUUUGGCAAGCCUCCUUCUGAGUUUAAUUCGUUUUGUUUUUUGAUUACACAGUAGCUGUUUUUAGGCUCUGUUUCUGUACUGUUUUGGUUCAGUGUUUUCUAUUAUUUCCUUUGUCUCGGCCUCCUGUAUUAAGCUGAACACUGAUUAUUAAUAUUUUGUUUUUCAUUCUGGUUUUAAUUGGGAUAUGAUAUAUGAUAUUUUGGUGCUAAGGGGUGUCAACCUAGUUGAGAUGUUCGGGUGCGCCUCCUGAUCCCCUUGCUUUUUGCUCUCUAGGCUUCUUUGUUACACUCAUUGUAUAACUCUCUUGUACCUUGAGUUCUAUUAUUAAUAAAGAAGUUUGUCUCUGUUUCAAGAAAAA